UAAGAAAUGCUGACGAUUGUUGAUCAGCGGCUGACUAGCAGGGAUGCAUUACCACCACGACUACCCUCAUGCUUCUCGUCGCUCUAUGCAGUCACAUCCAGCGAUGAGGAGCUUACUUUUACCGGAAUUGUAUAUAUAUUGUUAUAGCUGCGGUUCCUGGCCGAAACAAUGCCACGUGUACGCACUCGACACAUAGCCAUCUGCGCAUUUAUCGUUCUCUGGAUUUAUUACUUUCUCCCGAGAGACGAAGCACUCACAUACGUCCACAACUACGGCCAUAGAGGAUCCCAUGGCUCAGCAGUGGCAUUGGCACGGUACAUGAACGAUUACCCCCCACAUAUCACCGCAACGCAAAGUAGCUUCGACUGGAGCUCUGUAAACUUCACCUACCCACCCAGACUCACGCCUAAGCUACCUGCUCCUUUCACGAAACGUCCGCGCAUACAACACAAUUUCAAGCGAGAUUCGCGCCCCGUGGCCGCGGUACAAGAACAAAGGCGGAUAGAAGUCAAACGAGUAUUUCGGAAGAGCUGGACAAGUUACAGGAGUCAGGCAUGGAUGAAGGACGCUUUAAAGCCUAUAAGUGGAGAGUAUGUGGACCAAUUCUCUGGGUGGGCAGCAACGCUGGUAGACAGCUUGGACACGUUAUGGAUGAUGGGAAUGCGCGAUGACUUCUACGAGGCUGUCGAGGCUGUGGCCACGAUUGACUUUGGAAAGUCCACGGCACCCUCGGUCAACACAUUUGAGACGUGCAUACGAUAUCUGGGCGGGCUCCUUGCAGCGUACGAUCUCAGUGGACACGAGGUAUUGAAGACGAAGGCGAUCGAAAUAGGAGAUCUGCUGUAUGCUGGUUUUAACACUAAGAAUGGGAUGCCAGUUGACUUUAUGAACUUUGAGGAUGCGAAAAAAGGAGGAGGGUUGACGGUGGAAGGCCAGGUGGUCAGCGCAAGUCCUGGAACGAUCACCCUAGAGUUCAGCAGAUUGAGCCAGAUUACAGGAGAUGGCAAAUACUACGCUGCGGUAGCCCAUCUGAUGGACGUAUUCCACCAGGGUCAGCAUGAUACAGAACUUCCGGGGAUGUGGCCAAUGUACGUUUCCAUGAGCGAAAAAGAUGUCGUCACCGGGCACCAAUUCUCUAUCGGAGGGAAUGCAGACUCGCUAUAUGAAUAUCUACCAAAGGCCCAUGCGUUGCUAGGCUCAGUGGAUCCUAGCUCCAAGAUGUAUGAGAUCAUGUCUCGAGCCUUUAUGGAUACUGCGAUGAACAACCUGUUCUUUGCACCCAUGACACCAGGAAGCGAAGACAUCCUCAUCUCAGGAAACGUCGAUGUCCUAGCCGACGGUCCCACGCUCGACCCCGAAAGCGAACAUCUCUCGUGCUUCAUUGGAGGUCUCUAUGCACUCGGAGGGCGCCUAUUCAACAGCGACGAAUACCUCGACACUGGAGCAAAGCUGGCUCGCGGAUGCGCAUACGCCUACAAAUCCUUCCCCACGGGCAUAAUGCCAGAACGCUACAACAUGGUCCUCUGCCCUGGUCCAGAUCGACGGAUACCCUGCACCUGGGAUGAGGUGCGCUAUGCCGAAGAAGCCGCGAAGCGUUCUCAGUACAAAUCAGACCUACCAAAGGGCUUCACAACUGCCAAAGAUCCUCGCUACCUACUUCGCCCCGAAGCUAUUGAGUCUGUCUUCAUUCUCUGGCGCAUCACAGGUGAUCCGGUCUGGCGCGAGACAGCCUGGGAGAUGUUCCAGGCAGUAGCCAAUGCAACAGACACGCAGUAUGCGAAUGCAGCAAUCAUGGACGUGAAUGUCGUUGGAUCACGGCAGGAGGACUAUAUGGAGAGCUUUUGGAUGGCGGAGACGUUGAAGUAUUUUUAUCUGUGCUUUGCAGAUACGGAGUUGAUCAGCUUGGAUGAUUUUGUAUUGAACACUGAGGCGCAUCCGUUUCGGUUAUCCAGGGGGUGAGGUUUGGCGAACAAGUAUAUCCGCAACAUGAGCUCAUGUUCAAUGUCUAGACUCACAACAUCAUCCGAAGCUCGAUCUGUGCGCGCUGACGAAUUUAUCGAAACGGAACUCGGGUGACCCACUCUUCAUGGUGGGUCGAGCAUGUGGCGAUGUGGCGGCUGUGAGCCACGAUUGGUGUACCUGACCCACGGAUACGAAACUGACUGUUUAGCGUGGCGCCCCUUGGUUAAGCUUCCACACCACGCAACGAUCUCAGUUCUUCCCUUCUUCAUUC